AUUUUGAAAACAAUCGCUAUCGUGCCAGAAAGCGUGGAUGCUGGCUUCCUUCUCCAACAUAUGUGCCUAGUCCUACUACAGUGGAGCGACUGAUUGGGCGGCAAGGCGGCAGAAAAAAAUCGGGGUUUAGAGCCGCUGCGAAAUGGCUGGACAGCAGUUUCAGUACGAUGACAGUGGCAACACCUUUUUCUAUUUCCUCACGUCUUUUGUGGGACUAAUAGUCAUCCCAGCCACCUAUUACCUCUGGCCCCGGGAUCAGAAUGCGGAGCAAUUAAGGUUGAAGAGUUUACGACGAGUUCAUGGAAGAUGUCUGUGGUAUCGCCUUCGGCUUAUGAAAUCACAGCAGAGCAUUGUUCCAACACUUAAAAAAGCAGCCCUGUUGUUUGGGUGGGCAGUAUUUCUUUUCCUGGCCUAUAAGGUGUCUAAAUUAGAUCGAGAGUACCAGGAGUAUAACCCCUAUGAGGUCCUCAAGUUGGAAGCAGGAGCAUCUAUUGCUGAGAUUAAGAAGCAGUACAGAGUACUGUCUCUGAAACACCAUCCUGAUAAAGGCGGAGAUGAGGCCAUGUUCAUGAAGCUUGCUAAAGCUUACUCGGCUUUAACUAAUGAGGAAUCACGGAACAACUGGGAGAUGUAUGGCAACCCUGAUGGCCCAAGAGUGACGAGUUUUGGAAUCGCUCUUCCUGCAUGGAUUGUUGACCAGAAGAAUUCCAUGCUGGUGCUGCUGGUCUAUGGGUUGGCUUUUAUGGUUAUUCUUCCUGUGGUUGUGGGCACAUGGUGGUACCGCUCCAUCCGUUACAGUGGUGAUCAGAUCCUUAUCAACACCACACAGCUUUUCAUGCACUUUAUGUAUAAAACCCCUACAAUGAACAUGAAACGAUUGGUGAUGGUGUUGACGGCAGCAUUUGAAUUUGAUCCUCGUAGUAACAAAGAGGCCAUAAUAAGACCAACAGACAACAUAGAAGUUCCCCAGUUGAUUCGGGAGCUGGGGAACAUUAACGUGAAGAAGAAGGAGCCUCCAUUCUGCUAUCCCUAUAGCCUGAAGGCUCGAGUCUUAUUACUUACGCACCUUGCCAGGAUGGAUGUUUCUGAGAACGUAGAGGAGGAUCAAAGGUUUGUGAUGAAGAAGUGCCCUGCUUUACUACAGGAAAUAAUCAAUGUUGGCUGUCAACUUACUAUGAUGGCAACCAGUAGAGGAGGGCUUCGGGCUCCCAGGCUGUCGUCUAUAGAGAACUGCAUGAAGUUGUCUCAGAUGGUGGUUCAAGGACUGCAGGAGGCCAAAUCUCCUCUGCUGCAGCUGCCCCAUUUUGAAGAGGAGCACCUCCGAUAUUGUAUCUCUAAAAAGUAUAAGGUACGGACAUUGCAGGAUCUGGUCAGUCUGAAGGACUCUGACAGGAGAAAUAUGCUGAGAUUCCUUGGGGAGGAGAAGUAUGAGGAGGUCUUGGCAGUCCUCGGGAGCUUUCCUUAUAUCAACAUGGAAACCAAACUUCAAGUGUUGGAUGAUGAAGAUAGCAAUAACAUCACGGCAGGAUCCAUUGUCACAGUUACAGUCACCUUGACAAGGAAGAGAAUGUCUGAGAUGUUUGAGAAAGAGGAGGAUGCACCACCAUCUACUGAGGAAACUAAUGCAGAGGAGCAAGGAGAUGCCAAAACAAACAAAACAAAAGUUUGGCAAAAUAAGAAUAAAGGAGCUAAAAAAGCUGCCAAGUCCAAAAAGAAGAAACUGACUAAGAAGAAACCAGUCACCCAACAGCAAGCAAAGGGAGACAAGGCCAAACAAGCCAACGGCAAUGUGGCAGGAAAUGACGUUGCUGCUGCAUCAAAAGCGGAAGAGGACGAUCUCUCUGAUAAAGGCAGUGAAUCAGACGAGGCAGAGGGAAAUAAGGACUCACCCAGCGAGAGGGAUGAGGAGAGUGACAAGCAGAGUGACACUGAGGUGGACGAGAUUGCUGGAGAUGACGAGGAGGAAUGGGAGGCACUACAACAGAGCAUUCAGCGUCGCGAAAGGGCACUAUUGGAGACCAAGUCUAAGGUCACACAUCCUGUCUACAGCUUGUACUUCCCAGAGGAGAAGCAGGAGUGGUGGUGGCUCUACAUUGCAGAUAGGAAGGAACAGACGCUGGUGUCUAUGCCCAACCAUGUGUGCACACUCAAAGACACAGAGGAGGUUGAACUGAAAUUCCCCGCUCCAUCCAAAACCGGAAACUAUCAAUAUUCUGUGAUUCUCAGAUCAGAUUCAUUCAUGGGAUUAGAUCAGAUCAAGCCACUCAAGCUGGAGGUUCAUGAAGCGAAGGCCUUGAUGGAUAACCACCCUCAGUGGGAUAUCCCAGAAACCGAGGAAGAGGAGGAUGACCAGGAGGAUAGUGAUGGCAUUGAGGAAUCCGAGGAAGAUGAAGAAGAUAACGACUAAACCAGUCAUUUCAUGCAGACUUGAGCACAGCUCAUACACCCAUGUGCCCACUCAUGCACACACACACACACACAGCCACAUAGCCCCAGACUAUUGCCGUCUUCUGGGCCGCCACACACCGGAGGCAAACAGGAGGCAAGGACGUUGACGCCCCAUGUUCCUGUUCAAAACACUCAUUAUUUCGCCAAUCAAAGUAAGACUUAAGGAACUGUUGGUUAUCUUUCCCUGUGUUCGUUAUCAGUGGGCUGUCACAGUGGUUAUUUGUGGGGUCCAGCAGUGUUUCAGAUUCCUCUUCACUUGGUGAAAAAGAUGUCUGACCAACCAAUGCGUCGGAAAAAUAAAAACCAGAGUACCACUGAAAAAUCA